UACCCUGCUGACGCCUACGGGCAACCUGCUGAGCUAGAUUGCGUGCCCCAACUUAAAAGUCCCGCAAGAUCUGUGUUUGCUAUCCAAGUCUACGUUUCUGGGGCCAGGCAUUUGACAUUGCACUUAUAUUAACGGUUGCCGAAUAUCAUGGCUAGGCGGUAUGAUUCACGCACAACAAUUUUCAGCCCUGAGGGGCGCCUGUACCAAGUGGAAUACGCGAUGGAGGCCAUUUCCAACGCUGGCGCUUCCAUUGGCCUGCUCGCGAAGGAUGGUAUCGUGUUGGUAGCAGAGAAAAAGAUCACCUCCAAGCUCCUCGAUACACAUGCGGUGGGCGUCCGCAGAGAGAAAAUGUAUCGGAUAGACAACCACAUUGCAUGCUCAGUUGCCGGCAUAACAGCUGAUGCGAACAUCCUCCUAAACAUCUGCCGCCUAGCCGCCCAACGGUACCUGUUCGCCUACCAGGAGCCCAUGCCGGUUGAGCAGCUCGUGCGCAACGUUUGUGACACCAAGCAGGGCUACACGCAAUUCGGAGGGCAGCGGCCGUUUGGAGUGUCCAUUUUGUACGCUGGAUGGGACGAGCACUAUGGCUUCCAGCUCUACCAAUCAGACCCCUCGGGUAACUACGGCGGCUGGAAGGCGGUGGCCAUUGGGGCGGGGCACCAGGCGGCUAACAACCUGCUAAAGAGCGACUUCAAGGAGGAUCUGCCGAUGUCUGAGGCCAUUCCCUUUAUCAUCAAGGUCUUGGCCAAGUCCAUGGAUACCUCCCUCACGCCGGAUAAGGUGGAACUGGCCACUGUGACGCGGGACCCGGGAAGCGGGGAGGUGCUGUACAAGAUUUACGAGGCUGCGGAGUUGCAGCCGUUGCUAGAUGCGGCCAACGCAGAGAAGGAGGCGGCGGCGCAGAGCUGAGGAAUAGGGGGAUGGUGGGAGCGGCCAUGGCGGCGGGUGCGGCAGCGAUAAAGCAGUAAUGAGGAGGGUUGUAGAUUGCGAUUGGGCCAGCUCGCCGGGAGCUUAUGGGGAGGACAAGGGCGAAGAGAGGACAACAACGGAAUUCAGGAAGGAGCUUGGGUUGGUCCAAACUGAAGCGGGAGAGCCGGGACGGACGCCGUUCUUCGGCUGGCCGUCGGGUUUCAUGGUGUACCUAUGUUGGGGGUUUGUCUCGAGGGGGAUUUGUCUCGAGGGGGGUUUGUCUGGGGUUGCGACAGGGGUUGGCUAGUGGGCUUUUGUAAUCGCCGCGGCGCUGUAGCGGUCAUCUGCUGCUGUUCUGUAGGCCCAGGGUCGCACAUUCGGUUCGGUGAUCAUCGUUACGACAAUGGUGAUGGUGAUGGUGGGAUAGGGCAAGCAGGGGCUUGCUCUCCCCACGAGCGGAGCAGGCACGCAACACAAACGUUGGUCCAACCCGGAGUUGGGAACCGCAGAAAAGGAAGAAGAAUAUGAAGAUGAAGAAGGAUGCGUUUUGCUGGCGUGAUGGAAGCUACCAGUGGGUGGUGUGGGCAGCUGGGCGGAUCGCAUGGGGCAGCAUGGGCAGCAGCACUAACCAGGCUGUUUUAUCGCCGCCAAAAGAGAAGGGCAAAACCGGCCUU